ACUUUUUUGACGUAAGCAAGGUUGAGGAGUGUUCUAUCACCCCCAGUUUGCCUUCGAAGCACAUCCAAUAAAUCAACUUCACCCCACCACAACCCCAUCUCUCGUUUUCUAUCCAUGUUCUUGUCUUUACCAGUUUCAUCACCAAAAUGGUUGAGCUUUUGUACUGCACUACUCAACUCGAUUCUAUGUUGUGUUGUUUUCCUCAUAUUUGAUCUUCUUGAUGCUGUCUUCUGCGUUAUCUAUAGAUACCUUGAUGAACGCAUUGAAGGGGAGCCUUCACCUUGUUGCUGCUCUCACCGAGCAAGGCAAAAGAAGAUGAAUGUGACCGAUGAUGAUGAUGGUGUAUCAGAUAGUUUAUAUGAAAGGAAGAACAUUUUCAGAGAAAUGGGGUUCCUUCAAUUUGGGAGAAAAAGGGAAGAUUCCAAUAGAAAAUAUGGUAGAGAUGGUGAAAAGUCAGUGAAGUCUUGGUCUGAUUGUGGCUGUGAGUCUUGCCUUUCAUGGGUGAAUGAUGAAAGCGACUAUAAACUUCAUUUUGUCGUGAAAGAACCCUUAAUGGCCAGUGAUGAGAACUUGAGUGGAAGCCCUUUUGAGAAUGUUAUAUUUUUGCAUGGAUUUCUAUGUUCUUCCUCAUUUUGGACUCAGACAGUGUUUCAAUAUUUCCCUGAUGAAGUGAAUCAUGAGUACAGAUUAAUUGCCAUUGACCUGCUGGGAUUUGGCAAGAGUCCAAAGCCAAGAGAUUGCUUGUAUACUUUGAAGGAUCAUGUGGAAAUGAUAGAGAAAUCUGUGGUUCAUCCUUUGCAGUUAAGUAGUUUUCAUUUGGUUGCACACUCUAUGGGUUGCAUAAUUGCAUUGGCCUUGGCAGCAAAGUACCCCGAGUGUGUAAAAUCAAUCACCCUUGUUGCGCCUCCAUAUUCUUCUUCUGAGGGAAAUGAUGCUUGUAUAAAUGCACUAUCAAAGCUUGCUGGAAAGAAAUUGUGGUCCCCAUUGUCAUUUGGUUCUUCAUUUAUGUCAUGGUAUGAGCACUUGGGUCGAACCGUUUGCCUAGUCUAUUGCCGAAAUCACAGGAUAUGGGAGAGCAUUCUACAAUUCAUUACUUGCAAGAGGAAUCUUCAUUUCUUGACCAUAGACUUGACUAGGCACACCCAUCAUUCAGCUUGGAGUUCCAUGCAUAAUGUGAUAUGUGGGGGAGCAAAAUUUGUGGAUAGUUACUUGUCAAUUUUGACCAGAGUUGGGGUCAAAAUAACUGUUAUUCAAGGUGAUAAAGAUCAAGUUGUCCCAAUGAAGUGCUGCAGUAACUUCAAGUUGAAGGCUCCAAAUGCUCAAAUCAACGUCAUUCCAAAUGCAGACCAUGGCACUGUACUAUUCGGCAGAGAGAAGGAAUUUGCAAGUAGUCUGGAACAUAUAUGGGCAUCUUCUUGUUGAAAGUAGUAAAUAUCAGUGGUAAAACAUGGAAUUUUCUUUUUGGGUAACUGGCAAGAAAUGAAAUGAUAAUCCUUUGCAUUUAUUAGUGAUGUGUUUAGAAGUGGGGUGAGCGGAAUCAUUGAAAUUGUAUCAUUUAUUGUAGUUGUUGAGUGAGAACUAAAAUAGAAUA